AUGUAUUCCCACACUAACCUCCUCCUCCUCACCUUCCUCCUCCCUCACCUCCCCACAAUCGCAGCAAAAUGUUACCCCCCCGGCGCAACUUUCCCAGCACCGGACUACGCCCUACUCCCACCGCCAGACAUUAAACUCCCAACGAGCGCAGAGGCCCCAUGGCCGGCAAACAUAACCUCCUACGCCGUGCAAGUAACCACGGCCGAAAAGACUAUAUUCUCGGCUUACCACACUGCAGAGAUACUUGGGGAGUACCGGGAUGGGGAGCCGAGCGAUGUCACGGGGGAUACGUACUUCCGCAUUGCGAGCAAUACCAAGGUAUUCACAGUUCUGGCGGUGCUGCUGACGGAGGGUAUGAGUCUUGAUGAUGGGGUCCUGAAAUACAUUCCCGAAUUGGCGGAUGGGGAGGGGGGCGUUGAGUGGGGGGAUGUUACGCUGGGAUCUUUGGGAGGACAUUUGGCGGGGAUUGUUAGGGAGUGUGGGUUCUUCCUUCCUUCCUUCUCCUAAUCAAUUUGCGAUGAUUGGUGGGUGGUUGGAGAAGAUGGCUCGGUCACUGAUUUGCACUCGCAGAUGCUGCGUUUGACCUUUUCGGACAUGGUGACGAGGGGGACUUGCUCAAAGACCCCGUAUCCCAUGGCUUCCCGCCAUUGCCCAGAUCCGCUGGUCCUCCCUGUGGGAUAACAGGGGGCGACGUGCAAUGUACUUGGAAACGUAUUCCCACCCUCCCACUAUCGCUCCCUCCCCUCCAACUUAAUGUGACCUCCAGAAUUCAUCUCCGACUUCUCCGCCCGCCGCCCAAUCUACCCCCCACAGACAACGGCAACCUACUGCAACGCAGGCUUCAUGCUCCUCUCCCUCUCUCUCGAGCGCCACACAGGGAUGCCUUUCGAAAAGCUCGUUCAAGAAAAUAUCCUAACACCCCUGAACCUCACCUCCACCUUCCAAAAACCUCGCGACUCCUCCGGCAUAAUACCAUAUCAACGCAACGACUGGCGCUGGGACGAAGGCAUCAAGAACGCUGCGGGAGGGCUCUACGCCAGUUCCACAGACCUCAGCAAAUUCCUCCGCGGCCUGCUCAACCACGGGGCCGGCCUAGGCGGCAUCGGGAUGACCCGGGGGCGGAUGAACGGGUGGCUGAGGGGCGGUAGCAGCACCGGCAGUCCCUGGAGCGGAUACGGCACGCCCUGGGAAGUAGUCUUUUCCAAUACCCUAGCGCCCGACGGGCACGUGGUUCCCGUGAUAACAAAAGGCGGCUCACUUGCAGGCUACCCCUCCACCACCAUCAUCCUCCCAGACUACGCCCUCGCAGCAAACGUUCUGGUAUCCGGUGCCGCCGCCGCCAACCGCUACCUCCGGGAUACCAUCAUCUCGCAGCUAAUACCCUGGGCGCACACCCACGCCCUUUCGCAGACAACGACGAAAUUCACGGGAACCUACUCCGCCCUACCCACCACGGGCAUCAACACCACCAUAACGCUAACCACGGCUCCAAAUCUUCCGGGCCUGGGGGUAGAAACUUUCAUUAGCAACGGCACUGACAUGAAUGCCUUUUUCGCAAGCUUUUAUCACGACUAUGCUGGCAUGCCCACACCGGGGGAGGUGGAGCUUAGAUUGUUCCCGACGGGAAUUGGAAGUGCUUGGAGGAUGAGCGUGAAUUUCAUCCCUCAUGAAGAGAAGGAGGAGACGGUUUGGAGCAGGGCUUGUUUCACCAAUAUCGACACUUGGGCGUACGCCGGGCAGAGUGUUUCCGAGUUUGUCUUUCUCUCAGAGGGGGAGGCUGGCGUCGUGGGGGUCAAGUUGCCGGCUUUUAGGAUCUCGUUGGUCAAGUUGGAAACGAAAGAGGGGGUGCAGGAGGAGGUUAAGGGUGAAUUGAAAUGA